ACGGCACCAUAUAGCAGUUGUUAACUGAGUUUUUGAGGUGGAAGAAAUGAGUAGCAUUUACUACAACAACAAGCUAACAUUUGGCUUUUGCCUUUAAAUGCCGAAAAUGUGCUGGUGUAUGCAUGUUUAACAACUGGGCGGGUCACCGAGCAAAAACACUGGAAGCCGGGAACAUUGUUUAGGCUUGGGUCGUUUGAGGCGGGGUUCCUGCUAGUGUGGAUAGUCAGAGGUGAGCGUGACCAUGCUGUGCUGGGGAAAUGCUUCCUAUGGACAGCUAGGCUUGGGUGGAAUUGAUGAAGAGAUUGUGGUUGAACCGCGAAAAUGUGAAUUUUUUCAUGGAAAGCAAGUGGCAGAUGUGGGCUGUGGCCGCAGACACACAGCUUUCUUAUUGGAGGAUGGAACUGUGUACACCUGUGGCUGCAAUGACUUGGGGCAGCUGGGACAUGAGAAGUCCAGAAAGAAACCAGAACAGGUAGUAGCCUUGGAUGCGCAGAUCAUUGUGGCGGUGUCAUGUGGAGAGUCCCAUACACUUGCUCUGAAUGACAAAGGGCAGGUUUUCUCCUGGGGUCUCGGUUCAGACGGACAACUGGGCUUAAAUAAUUUUGAAGAAUGUAUUCGCGUGCCUAGAAACAUCAAAAGUUUGUCAGAUGUACAGAUUGCUCAGGUAGCCUGUGGAUAUUGGCACUCUCUUGCACUUUCAAGAGGUGGCCAAGUCUUCUCCUGGGGCCAGAAUCGAUAUGGUCAACUCGGCCUGGGGAAAAAAGGACAGACCAUUUCCACGCCUCAGAUCAUUCAGUCUCUGCAGGGGAUUCCUUUUGGCCAGAUCUCAGCAGGUGGAUCUCACAGCUUUUCCCUCACACUGUCAGGAGCGGUUUUUGGGUGGGGCUGCAACAAGUUCGGCCAGCUGGGUCUCAAUGACUGCAACGAUCGGUGUUUCCCAACCCUCCUGAAGUCUCUGAGAUCGCAAAGAGUGAUUUACAUCUCCUGUGGAGAGGAUCACACGGCAGCACUUACUAAGGAAGGGGGUGUGUUUACAUUUGGAGCGGGAGGAUACGGACAGCUUGGUCAUAACUGCACAAACCAUGAAAUCAACCCAAGGAAAGUCUUUGAGCUUAUGGGAAAUGUAGUCACACAGAUUGCAUGCGGAAGGCAACACACAUUGGCUUUCACACCCUCUUCUGAGAAGAUGGACUCAUUUGGGCUUGGAGGUAAUGGGCAGCUUGGUACACGCUCCACAUGCAACAGAAAAAGCCCCGCACCUGUUAAAGGCCCUUGGGGAGUUUCCAGUGAUCCCACAGACAUGGAACUGGAUCAGAGCUGUUUUGUCAAGAGGAUUUAUGCUGGAGGAGAUCAAAGCUUUGCUCACUAUUGCACUGCCAAUAACCAUAAGAACACACAUGAUGAGAAGAUACGAAAUCUCCAAAGAAAGAUUUGCGGCUUAAAUGAGGAUAUCAUACAAAACUGGUUGAGCCACUCACACGGAAGACUACCACCAGAAAUCUCCAAUGAGAUUGACCUCAUAUUCUCCUCAGCAAGCUGCCUCAAUGGGUCUUUCCUGUCGACAAGUCACCCAGAUCACUACAGUACCAGCAGCAAAUGUUCAGGGGUGGAUAUGAACAUGGCUCGCAUACUGUUUCACAGAGUAGUGCAGCAAGAUCACCCCGAGAUCGCUCAGCAGGUUGCUGCCAGUCUGGAGAAGAACCUGAUUCCCAGGUUAAACAACUCUCCUCCAGACAUUGAAGCACUGAGACUCUACCUCACUCUUCCAGAAUGCCCUCUCUUCAUUGACAGAAGCAAUUAUGUGACCAUCACUAUCCCGUUUGCCAAAUGCAUCAUCAGCCUGAAAGAGGCUCCACUAAAAGUGCUGGGCAACUGGUGGUCCACAUUUGAGCCCCCACUCUUCCAGCGGUUGGUCGAUUUGUACAAGGAGGUGGUGGUGUAUCUGCUCCAGAUGCAGAAGAUGGGCAUUCCAGCGGCAGAGCAGAGAAUUUUCAGCUGCUUCUUGGACACAUCCCUCAGAUUCCUGGAAAUCCUGCACAAGGUGAACGAGAGAGCAGGACACAUCAUUCAGUACGAUAAAUUCUACAUUCAAGAGCUGGAUGACCUGGUAGACAUCAGAAAUGACUAUGUCACCUGGAUUCAGAAGCAGAUGUACCCACUGGGUCAUGAUGGUGUUGUGACUUUGUGCAAGUAUCCAUUUGUAUUUGAUGCCCAAGCAAAAACCACACUGCUUCAAACGGAUGCUGUCAUACAGAUGCAGAUGGCAGUGGAUCAAGCUCAAAUGCAAAACUUCAGCUCCAUGUUCCUGCCUGCAGUGGAAUCUGUCAACCCAUGUCUUAUCCUCAUUGUGCGGAGGGAAAAUAUUGUCGGAGACACCAUGGAAGUCCUUAGGAAAUCCAAGAAUGUCGACUACAAGAAACCACUCAAGGUGAUCUUUGUGGGAGAAGAGGCAGUUGAUGCAGGAGGUGUGAGAAAGGAGUUCUUCCUCCUGAUCAUGAAAGAGCUGCUGGAUCCAAAGUAUGGCAUGUUUCGUUACCACGAGGAAUCCAGGCUCAUCUGGUUUUCAAACAAGACAUUUGAGGACAUUGACUUGUUCAACCUCAUUGGAGUCAUCUGUGGUCUGGCCAUCUACAAUAUUACCAUAGUGGAGCUCAACUUCCCUUUGGCUCUUUACAAAAAGCUUCUGAAGAGGAAGCCAACGUUAGAUGACCUAAAAGAGUUAAUGCCCGAUGUGGGAAGGAGUCUGCAGCACUUACUUGACUAUACAGAAGACGACAUUGAGGAAACCUUCUGCUUGAACUUCACGGUCACAGAGGAAAACUACGGUGCCACUGAGGUCUUGGAACUAGUGCCAAACGGUGAAAAUAUCAAUGUCAAUAAAACAAACAGGCAAGAGUUCGUCAUUGCCUAUGUAGACUACAUUUUCAACUCAUCAAUAGCUCCGCUGUUCGAGUGCUUCUACGCAGGCUUCCACAAAGUGUGCGGUGGAAAGGUUUUGGAGCUGUUCCAGCCAAGCGAACUACAAGCCAUGGUCAUUGGCAACACCAACUAUGACUGGAUGGAGCUUGAAAAGGGUACCGAGUACAAAGGUGAAUACUGGGCUGACCAUCCGACCAUCAGGCUCUUCUGGGAGGUGUUCCACGAUCUUCCAUUAGAGAAGAAAAAACUGUUUCUCUUGUUCCUCACAGGAAGCGACCGCAUACCAAUCUUGGGCAUGAAAAGCCUGAAACUGGUGAUCCAGCCUACUGGUGGAGGGGAAUACUACUUACCUGUGGCCCACACCUGCUUCAACCUUCUGGAUCUUCCCAAGUACACAAACAUAGAAACGCUCCGUGAGAAGCUUUUACAAGCAAUAGAACACAAUCAGGGCUUUAAUCUUGCUUGAUAUCAGAGGGAAAUGUCCCUCGUCUAGACUUUCGAUGGCAAACAUUCCCAAAACUUUUGUUUUUCAGACUUUUUAAUCAGUUCAGCUUUUAUGACAGGACACUUGGUUGUUCAAAGGAAUCCAUACGACACCAUGAAUGAUUACUUUGGAGUAUUACAUUAAAGUUUACUUUGAUUUUCCAACUUUUUCUUUGCCAUCACAAUUUGAUGCCCUACAACGAGCUGAUUCCCAUUUUAUAUUGCUCAUGUAGAUAUGCUUUUAUCCAUGUUUGGACAUGACAAGUGUGAUAAACCAGACUACUGGUAUAUACAGAACAGGGAUUGUAUACAACAGCAUAACUCUUGCAAGAUACAAUGACGUGCAGCAGCAUUACCUAUUCAAAGCUUAAAACGUGAUGCAAUGCUGAGAUGUUUGUUGGUUGAAAAUUUUAAGAACGUCCUUGUGAGACCCUGGAGUCGCAGAAACAACUCAAGUCUCAUAGUUUCAAGAAAAAUUAAACAUAUUAAGCUGCUCUCUGGUACAUGUAUCUGCAUGGCAACUGCAGUCACUAUUUUACAAGAGUUAUGCCCCACCCAUGUAGAUUAAAUGUUUGAAUCUAAACAGUGUAAACAAACUCUUAAUGUUUCCAGUAAGCACUGUUGUAACAUUUGAUUGAAAGCCGUGUGAAGCAUUAGCUUUGGAUGCAGUUCAUUUUCUUGGCCAUGUGCUUUAAACAAUCCACAAAUAAAAUAAAAAUACAGCCACUAAAAUAAAUAAAAC